GGAACCGGAUGCCCAGAAACUGGAACCAGGAAAUCCCUAGAUCCCCACGCGAUCCUCUUCCUCUAUAAAGCCUGCCCCCCGCGACACAGAUGCACCCAGUCGCGCACUGAGACCCCCCCACGUCAUCAUCGCCCCAUCAACGCGCAGCUCGCGUAACAUUUGCAGGUCCUCGUCGCCCCUUCGAGGUUUCGGUUUGCCAUGGCGGACCAGCUGAGCGAGGAGCAGAUUGGCGAGUUCAAGGAGGCCUUCAGCCUCUUCGACAAGGACGGCGAUGGCAGCAUCACCACCAAGGAGCUUGGAACCGUGAUGCGCUCCCUCGGCCAGAACCCUACCGAGGCGGAGCUGCAGGACAUGAUCAACGAGGUGGAUGCGGACGGCAACGGCACCAUCGACUUCCCAGAGUUCCUGAACCUGAUGGCCCGCAAGAUGAAGGACACGGACUCCGAGGAGGAGCUCAAGGAGGCGUUCCGCGUGUUUGACAAGGACCAGAACGGUUUCAUCUCCGCGGCGGAGCUCCGCCAGGUGAUGACCAACCUCGGGGAGAAGCUGUCCGAGGAGGAGGUGGAGGAGAUGGUCCGCGAGGCCGAUGUGGACGGCGAUGGCCAGAUCAACUACGACGAGUUCGUCAAGGUCAUGAUGGCCAAGAGAAGGGAGAAGAGGAUAGAGGAGAGGAGAGCGCCGUCGGCCAAGAAGAGCGUGGCAGGGGCAUCCGGUGCAAAGAGUGGCAGCAAAUGCACAAUCCUCUAGCUGAAACCAUCGGACGUGCAUAGUGUGCGUGUGGUGCGCUCGGAGCGCUGGUCCCCGACCGACGCAUCUGAGCUGUUGUAUGUAUGUAUCAAUGUGUGUUCAUGUGUAUCCCGGUGUGUGAUGGCGAUCGGCCUACGACUGUAACCGUUCUCAAGGUAAACGAAUAAAAGUGCUCUCUGUCUUGCGGAAAA